GGGACUCCUUGUUAGUGUUCCCUGUCAUCAAAACUGAUUGAAAAUGUUGAUAUGUUGUUCCUGAUCUCUACUGAGAUUUUAGGUGUUUCAUCUUUGAAAAUAUCUUUUCGCCUGCAUUCUCUGCUAGGCUGAAGAGUGGCCCGCCAAACAUGCCCAUAUUCUAAUCCCAGAACUUGUGCAUAUGCUACCUUUAUGGCAAAAGGCACUUUGUAGAUGGCAUUUAGUUAAGGAUUCUAAGAUGGGGACAUUAUUCGGGAUUAUCCAGGUGAGCCUGAUUUAAUCUCAGGGGCCUUAUGAGAGGUCAGAGAAGAGAGAAGAUGCUACACUAUUGGCUUUGAAACAGGGCUUUGAACCAAUUUGAGCUGGUUCAGUGAUGGCGAAUGAAGCAAACCAGAACAGACCCAAAUUUUUAUAAUUUGGGUGAUCUGGAAUGGUAACCAGAAUGGGAAAUAUUGCAGGUCGAAGCCCUAGAAUGGGAGACUCGGAAGAGGUGUAGUGAGCCCUUCCUGAUGCAGGAGAUUGGAUUAUUGGCAGGACUGUGGAGAGUGACACACAUGCAAAGCAUCGUGGCUGGCAGCCGUCUUUGAGCAGGGCACUGCUGUUUCGGACUCUACUCAAAAUCCUACAGGCUAGAUAUUUGGUUGCUGUGCAACGUGUAUGCUGCCCUUGUUUUCUAAGAGGGAGAUUAAGUUUCUAGUAGGGCUUCAACCUGUCGUUUUUCACAUCUGUUUACAGGACCCUCAAUUUAACUCUCCUUACAUCCUUAUUAUUCUAAUCCCAGAGUAAUUGCUGCUCCCAAAACAGAGCUUAUACGUAAAACUUACACUGUGGUAAAGUCGUUUUGAUGACAAUGUUUGAAUCAGAAGUAAUGUCAAGUUACUUCAUAUACUUGCCAUGUUAUUAAAAGUUAAAGCAAAAUGUGAAAUCCAUCCUCACACAAAUUAGCAACAGAUGUAUUUUCUAAGCUCAAACUACAGUUCCAGUAGUUUCCUUCCAUACCCUACCUCUUGUGCAUUUUUACUUUUUUUUAAAAAAAAGUUCUACAGUCCUGAGUCUCCAGUGGAGGAGAGAUAGACACAGUUACUAUCUUGAACUAGUCAUAAAAAAAUCAUACAGUCUGUGUAACUUUGAUGAUUUUAUGUUAGGAACAAAUUCUAUUUUGCUACUAAGCUUGAACAAUGCUCCCCAAGACAGUCUCAUUCAUUCAUUGUCUUAGGCAAUGGCCUGUAUGUUGGGGACUGGUCUUUAACUCAAGGAGAACAGAGAGACAGAAAUAAUUAUAAUGCAGUGUCGGAAAUAUGGAGAUAUAUACAAAUGCUGUGGGAGUGUAGAGGAGGGCCUGGCUAUUUUUAUGUAGGAGGAAGGUGAAGACUUCACAAAGAAGACAGUAUUUGAACUGGGUCUUAGAAGAUAACCAAACGUUUGCCAGGAGACAAAGAGGAACAAUGCACGCUAUUCCCUGGUGGACAGAAGACUGCAGAAAAUCAACCUAUCCCCCUUCCGGACCAACUUAUCGGGGUCCAGUUCCUUGGUACACCAUAAAUCUGGAUUUACCACCGUACAAAAGAUGGCACGAGCUGAUGGCUGACAAGGCACCAGCGCUAAGGAUUAUAGUGAAUUCUGUGAAAGAUUUAGUAAAUGCGUUUGUGCCGAGCGGAAAAGUUAUACAGAUAGUGGAUGAAAAAUUGCCUGGUCUGCUUGGCAACCUUCCUAGCCCUUAUGAAGAGGAAUUGAAAGGAAUCGCAGCUGUUACUGAAAUACCUUUAGGCGAGAUUAUUUCAUUCAAUAUUUUCUAUGAACUUUUUACCCUUUGUACUUCAAUAAUAACAGAAGACAAAGAAGGUCACCUACUACAUGGUAGAAACAUGGAUUUUGGAGUCUUUCUUGGGUGGAAUAUAAAUAAUAAUUCCUGGGUUAUAACUGAAGAGCUCAAGCCUUUAACAGUGAAUUUGGACUUCCAGAGAAACAAUAAAACCGUCUUCAAGGCUACAGGUUUUGCUGGCUAUGUGGGCAUGCUAACAGGAUUCAAACCAGGACUGUUUAGUCUGACCCUCAAUGAACGUUUCACUAUGAAUGGCGGUUAUAUGGGCGUCCUGGAGUGGAUUUGGGGGAAGAGAGAUGCUAUGUGGAUAGGGUUUCUCACUAGAUCGGUUUUGGAAAAUAGCACAAGUUAUGAAGAAGCCAAGAAUAUAUUAACCAAGACCAAGAUAUUGGCCCCAGCAUACUUUAUCCUGGGAGGCAACCAGUCUGGGGAGGGCUGUGUGAUUACAAGAGACAGAAAAGUAUCUUUGGAUGUCUAUGAACUCAGCCCUAAACAGGGUAGGUGGUAUGUGAUACAGACAAAUUAUGACCGUUGGAGAAAUCCCUUAUUCCUUGAUGAUCGUAGAACGCCCACAAAGAUGUGUCUGAACCGGACAACCCAAGAGAAAAUUUCACUUCCAGCCAUAUAUGAUGUUCUGUCAACAAAACCUGUCCUCAACAAGCUGACUGUGUACACAACCUUGAUGGAUGUUACCAAAGGCCAAUUUGAAAGUUACCUGCGGAAUUGCCCAGACCCUUGUAUAGGUUGGUGAGCGUCUGGCCUACAGGGUGUGCUCUGAUAUGAAGAUCUGAUCCGGCCGACAGCACAGCCAGUGGAUCUUCUCCUUCCAGAGACUCAGAGCAGGUUCUCUCUGAGGCACGAGCUUGUCCUCAGUAUGUUUACAAGUCACAGGCAUUCUCUGCUGUGGUUGUUGAUUGUUCUUACUUACAAGUGACAUCUUUAAGUGAAGUGCAGCAAUUGUCUAGAAUUAAUUUCUGAAUUUCAUUUCACUUUGACAUUACUGGAAGGCUGAGGAUGGGCAGUUAGACUGUGGUGGGGCCCUCGGCCGCUGAGGAAAAUGCUAGCCCCUGUAAUCAUCUAAUAUAGUACCUCUGUGUGAAAAACAGUAAGCAGAAAUAGUCCACGUUUGUUUUUUACUUCUGUCUACGUAAUUGUAUGCUUUUCUGUAUAACAGUCUUGUUCUCCUGGUUCUAAUUAUUAAAAUGAAUAUACUGUA